AUGUCUUAUAGAUCCCUUCAUCUUCUGGUAUUUCUUCUUUUUGGGUCAUACGCAUAUAUUUUUAAUUUCAAUCGUGCUUUAAGAUACAACAAAAGCUUUCUCAAACACCAAAUCAGACAAGAGAUCAAGGAAUCAAUCUUUGCCAUGUUUGCCAUGGAUAUUUUUCAUGUUCCUAUUGUAAUGUUGCAGAUAAAUGGUCACUCACUCCUCUACAACUCAACAGUGAUUGGGCCUGGGUUGUGGUAUGAAUUUCUGCAAUAUCCUCUGGCAAUACUAUUGAUAGAUGCUGGAAAUUACUGGCUACACCGGGCAUUUCACAGUCCAUUAUUAUAUUCGCUUGCUCAUAAAAGUCAUCACAGAUUCGUUAUUUCCACUCCGUUUGCGGCCUUCGCAUUUCAUCCCUUAGAAGCCUGCAUCAUGAGUCUACCAAAUCUUUUUAUUUCCUUUGUCGUACCAUUGUGCAACAAAACAUAUAUUCUACUGUUACUAUAUGGAAAUUUGGAGACAAUUAUGGCUCGUAAGUUAUCAAGCACCUUACCAAUCUUGGGAUUAUCGACUAACAUCAGACCAGAUGAUAGCACAGGAAGUUUCCAUACUAUACACCACAUUAACGCAAAAAGCAAUUUUGGACAAUUAACCACCUUUUGGGAUCACUUGAUGGGCACUUACAUGGAUCCCAAUUUAUAUUUACGGAAACAUGGCAUGUUCAAGAAUCGAAAGGAGACAGCUUCCAAAAUGCAAUAA